AUGAUGUACUUUGUCCCUCUGCUCCUGACGGGCAUCCUGUUCCCUGCAAUCCAAGCCAAGCAAUUUACAAAAUGUGAGCUGUACCGGGAGCUGUCAGGCCUGAGUGACUAUGAUUUCACUCUACAAGAACUGAUCUGUGUUAUAUUUCACAUCAGUGGCUAUGACUCACAGACUGUACUUAAUAAUAAUGGCAGCACAGAAUAUGGACUCUUCCAGAUCAGUAAUAAAAGCUGGUGUCGUGAUAACAAGUUCCCUGAGUCCGAGAACAUAUGCAACAUCUCUUGUCAGAAGUUCCUGGAUGAUGACCUGACUGAUGAUGUGAUGUGUGUCAAGAAGAUCCUUGAUAGGAAAGGAAUUGACUACUGGUUGGCUCAUAAGGCACUCUGUUCUGAGAAGCUGGACCAGUGGAGCUGCAAGAAAUUGUGA